GCCUGCCGUGUGCCGGGGAGGGAGGGCAGUGGGAUGACGCACGGGGGAAGCCACAGCGGUGAGACUGCCCCCUGCUCGCGCUGCUGACCGCUGCUCUCCAUCAUGCGCGAGGCCUUCCAGUGAGCCUGCUGGGAGUGCUGCUGUCGGCAGUGCUGCUGGAGGGAGCACGUGCUGCUGGGAGUGCUGCUGUCGGGAGUGUUGCUGUUGGGAGUGCUGCUGUCAGGAGUGCUGCUGCUGGGGAUGCUGGUGGAGGCAGCACGUGCUGCAGCCAUUGCGCUCGCCUCAUGACUGGCCCACCAAUACGGUCAAGUCUCCUCAUCCCUUGCCAGUCUUGUAUUUCCUCAGACAAGGAUUGCUUGCCUCCCGUUGGUGCUUGCGUGUUCCUUCCAUCAUUGCUGGCUUUUCUCGUUAUAAGAAAUAGGGGGAUCAAAAGCUCGUUAUAAGAAAUGGGGGGAUCAAAAGCUCGUUAUAAGAAAUGGGGGGAUCAAAAGCUCGUUUCGGGGUGAUGGGCGCGUGGCGGUGGUAGCGCAUGGCACUGGGGCGGAAGGGCUCAUACUAGAGUUGCAGGGGGUAGAAACGCAUUCAUCCUCAUGCCCGCGUCCCUCUCUUACCUCGUCCCCCUCGCGUGCUAGCUCCAUGCCCUGAUGCCGUGCGCUACCAUCGCCCUUUCUCUGUUAGUUGGGCUUUGCAAGAUGCAUUCUCGCUAGCGCUUUUGCUUCUCGCAAAGGGCUUCGUUUGUGCAAAUCUUCCGCGUUUCAUGCACGUAACUUGUGCUUGUUUUAGCUCGUGUCUUUGGAUUGGCAUGCCUUGAUCUAAUUCUCUGCAACUCCUUCCCCAAGUGCGUUCUUCCCCCAAGUGCGUUCUUCCCCCAAGUGCGUUUUUCCCCAAGUGCGUUUUUCCCCAAGUGCGUUUUUCCCCAAGUGCGUUUUUCCCCAAGUGCGUUUUUCCCCAAGUGCGUUUUUUCCCCAAGUGCGUUUUUUCCCCAAGUGCGUUUUUUCCCCAAGUGCGUUCUUUCCCCAAGCCCACGGGAGUGUGCCCUGCAGAGCCGGAGUGGGAGGGCAGUGGGAUGCCGCACGGCGGGCAGCCACAGCGGUGUGACUGCCCCCUGCUCGCCCUGCUGACCACUGCACUCCCCCCCGCGCUGAAGGCUUGCGGGUGCCGCUGCUGGGAGCCCUGCUGACCACUGCACUCCCCCUUGUGCUGAAGGCUCACGGGUGCUGCUGCUGGAGGAAGUGCAGUUGGGGGGAGUGUGGCUGGAGGGAGUGCGGCUGGAGGGAGUGCGGCUGGAGGGAGUGCGGCUGCAAGAACCCACGGGGCGGAGGAGCGUGCUGCACACGCGGCUUCACACCGCUCCCGCUCUCCUCCUCCUCUCAUCUGUCCCUCCUCCUCUGGCUGCCAGUUCUCCCACCAAGGGACCCUCCCCAGGUGAUAGGCAAGUGCCAUGAUGUGAGCAUGGUGGCUGCGAGGUAGACACUCACUGUGAGUUGGUAUGGUCGCUUGGUGGGACCUGGAGCCUCCAACACACCCACUUGCCCCAACUGCGCCUGCAGCCCUCCAACACCGGCAGCGCCCCCACCCACUCGUCCCGCAACCCCAAGACCGACAACCCAACCAUUACCGGGACAAUUCCCUCUCCCUCUUCCUCGUUUCGUGUUCAGUUCUACUUACUUGCACCAUCGCUUGCACUUUCCUGUACGUUUCAUGAUCAUCAUCUCUCUGCUCUUUUGUCUCACUCGCUUGGGCACUCACUCACUUCCUCUCCUUCUCUCUUUCACUUGUCCCUUCCCCAUCCCCCCCCUUCCCCCGCUGCUCUGCCCCUCCUAUGCAGCAGCCGCGAGUAGAGGCAGCAGGGGGGCAGCCGUGGGAUGGCGCACGGCAUGCAGCCACGGGGCUGUGACUGCCCUUCGCAUGCCCUGCUGACCACCGCGCCCCAAUGAGCUGCCGGGAGCGGGAGGGGAGCUGCUGGUACGUAUCUAGCUGCCAGCAGGCAGAGCUAGUAAGACAUUUUAUACAACUCUGGUCUGCGGGAGGGGAGCGGCUGGUACGUAUCUAGCUGCCUCAUCCUGCCCCACUCCUUACUCCCUUUGGCGUGUCUCGUUCGCUUCAGUCGCCGUCGGGUUGCUCCGGUUGAGUGGGGCUGCUAGCUUGAUGGUACGUACCUCUCUGCUCUCUCUUUGUGCCUCAGUCGCUUCAGUCGCUGUGUUUCUCUGCCUGAGUGGAGCUAGCAGCAUGCUAGCCCUUCUCCCCUCGCGUCGCCUGUUGCUUGCCUUGUGUCACUUGCCGUGAUGAUCCGUCCACCUACCCACCUACAGGCAGCACAGCACAGUACAGCACAGCACAGUACAGACAGCACAGACAGCUUGUGGCUGUGGUGAUGGUGGAGGUGGUGGUACCAGAAGCAGAAGGGCAGGCGCAAAGACUCCAACACUGGCGUCGGCAGCACUUUUGUGAGGGGCGGCAACGGGGGGAGCAGCCAAGGGGAGCGCCUUCUACGUCUGCUGCGGGCAGGAGGGGCCUGUUGCUGCAGAGGGGAGCGGAUGGAGCCGAGGAGCGUGGAGACAGGAGGGGGCAUGGAGCAGAGGCGAGCGCUUGUCACACAUGCAGAGGCGAGCGUAUGGAGCUAAGGAGCGUGGAGACAGGAGGGGGCAUGGAGCAGAGGCGAGCUCUUGUCACACAUGGUGGCGUCACAUGGCUGGCUGCAGUGUGUGCCGGUGCUCCCGUGGAGGAUGGGAAAGGCAGCUGCCCCACACCCUUUGGGAGGAGUGCUGUGCAGGAGGAGGGAGUGUGGUGCAGAUGGGUGCGCUGGCCUGCAGGAGGGCGGAUGGAACGCAGGGAGGAUGGAGCAGAGGGCGGAUGGAACGCAGGCGGCGAAGGAGCGUGGCGACACGAAGGGCGUGGAGCAGAGGGGAACGCAGUCACACAUGGAGGUGGCUUCUGCACCCGUGGCUGGAAGCAGAGUGUGCCGGUGCUCCCGUGGCUGGAAGCAGAGUGUGCCGGAGCUCCCGUGGCUGGAAGCAGAGUGUGCCGGAGCUCCCGUGGCUGGAAGCAGAGUGUGCCGGUGCUCCCGUGGCUGGAAGCAGAGUGUGCCGGUGCUCCCGUGGCUGGAAGCAGAGUGUGCCGGUGCUCCCGUGGCUGGAAGCAGAGUGUGCCGGUGCUCCCGUGGCUGGAAGCAGAGUGUGCCGGUGCUCCCGUGGCUGGAAGCAGAGUGUGCCGGAGCUCCCGUGGCUGGAAGCAGAGUGUGCCGGUGCUCCCGUGGCUGGAAGCAGAGUGUGCCGGUGCUCCCGUGGCUGGAAGCAGAGUGUGCCGGUGCUCCCGUGGCUGGAAGCAGAGUGUGCCGGAGCUCCCGUGGCUGGAAGCAGAGUGUGCCGGUGCUCCCGUGGCUGGAAGCAGAGUGUGCCGGUGCUCCCGUGGCUGGAAGCAGAGUGUGCCGGUGCUCCCGUGGCUGGAAGCAGAGUGUGCCGGUGCUCCCGUGGCUGGAAGCAGAGUGUGCCGGAGCUCCCGUGGCUGGAAGCAGAGUGUGCCGGUGCUCCCGUGGCUGGAAGCAGAGUGUGCCGGUGCUCCCGUGGCUGGAAGCAGAGUGUGCCGGUGCUCCCGUGGCUGGAAGCAGAGUGUGCCGGAGCUCCCGUGGCUGGAAGCAGAGUGUGCCGGUGCUCCCGUGGCUGGAAGCAGAGUGUGCCGGAGCUCCCGUGGCUGGAAGCAGAGUGUGCCGGUGCUCCCGUGGCUGGAAGCAGAGUGUGCCGGUGCUCCCGUGGCUGGAAGCAGAGUGUGCCGGAGCUCCCGUGGCUGGAAGCAGAGUGUGCCGGUGCUCCCGUGGCUGGAAGCAGAGUGUGCCGGAGCUCCCGUGGCUGGAAGCAGAGUGUGCCGGUGCUCCCGUGGCUGGAAGCAGAGUGUGCCGGAGCUCCCGUGGCUGGAAGCAGAGUGUGCCGGUGCUCCCGUGGCUGGAAGCAGAGUGUGCCGGAGCUCCCGUGGCUGGAAGCAGAGUGUGCCGGAGCUCCCGUGGCUGGAAGCAGAGUGUGCCGGUGCUCCCGUGGCUGGAAGCAGAGUGUGCCGGAGCUCCCGUGGCUGGAAGCAGAGUGUGCCGGAGCUCCCGUGGCUGGAAGCAGAGUGUGCCGGAGCUCCCGUGGCUGGAAGCAGAGUGUGCCGGUGCUCCCGUGGCUGGAAGCAGAGUGUGCCGGAGCUCCCGUGGCUGGAAGCAGAGUGUGCCGGAGCUCCCGUGGCUGGAAGCAGAGUGUGCCGGUGCUCCCGUGGCUGGAAGCAGAGUGUGCCGGAGCUCCCGUGGCUGGAAGCAGAGUGUGCCGGAGCUCCCGUGGCUGGAAGCAGAGUGUGCCGGUGCUCCCGUGGCUGGAAGCAGAGUGUGCCGGAGCUCCCGUGGCUGGAAGCAGAGUGUGCCGGAGCUCCCGUGGCUGGAAGCAGAGUGUGCCGGUGCUCCCGUGGCUGGAAGCAGAGUGUGCCGGUGCUCCCGUGGCUGGAAGCAGAGUGUGCCGGAGCUCCCGUGGCUGGAAGCAGAGUGUGCCGGUGCUCCCGUGGCUGGAAGCAGAGUAUGCCGCCGCUCUCCUGGAGGAUGGGAGGCCGCUACCCCACACUCUUUGGAAGCGCGGUGCAGCAGAGGAGGGAGGAUGGGGGCCAGCUGCGCCACACUCUUUAAGAGCGCGGUGCAGCAGAACGGAGUGUGAUGCAGAGGGGUGCGCGGGUCUGCAGGAGGAGGGAAGAUGGAGAAAAUGCCAACACAUCAACACAGGAUCACUCCUUGCUGCUGCUGUAA